AAGUAGUAUGUAUUUUAUUUUGUUUUCACAACGAAAAAAAAAACAUCACGGUGUUUGAAGUUCGUAUUGUUUUCGAUUCCAAAUUUCUUUUUUUUCCGGUACAUCUGUAUCAUUCUCAAAUGAUAAUGAUGCUUCGUUCGAUUAGCAGAUUUGUUCUUGUGAAUCAAAGACACGCUAAUUUGGCUUUGAAACGAAAUGUACAUCAAAAUCAUGUGAUGAACACAUUAGUCAAACGUUUGGGUGAUUUUAAAUGGUCUUCAUCAUCAUCAUCAUCAUCGUUAAUGAUGAUUACACGUGGAAUUAAAACAACGAGUAAAAAAGAUGAAACAUAUGUCGAAGUUUUUGAUCCCGAAUAUAUUAACGAAAAGAAACCAAAAGGUCCUGAAACGGCAGAAGAAUUUGCCGAUGUUAGCUCACAAAAGAAUUGGAUUUCAUUUGGAUACGAUGAAGUUGAUCAAAAAGAGGAUCGUCAUUUGGCCAAUGCUUAUUUUUUCUCAUAUUUUACACUUGGUUGUCUAGUAUUUAGCUGGAUCAUCUAUUAUUAUCCAUACAUUGAUGGCUAUGAUUGGGCCCAAAGAGAGGCAUUCAUUGAAGUUAAUCGACGAGAACAAUUAGGCCUACCAUUUAUUGAUCCAAAUCUUGUUGAUCCAGAAAAAAUAACAUUACCAUCGGAAGAAGAGUUGAAAAAAUUAAACUUGGAAAUUCAUCUUUAAUCAAUU